UUUCUAUUAAAACUGGCGAGAUAAGCAUCAAAAUUUCCUACAUGAAUGGAAAUAUUCUUCUGCGCACAGUCUGCAAGAAGUAGCAAAGAGUCAGCAUAAGCUCUGUCGGUGUCGUCGUGAACAUGAUCAAAUUUAAUUUGCUGUGUUCUUUAUCUACGACUGCACUUUUCAUAAUUUUGAUUUCAAAAGUUGUAUAUUGCGAUGACGACGAGGAUGACGAGGAUGAACACGAGGAUAAGUACGAGCCUCCGAAGUGGGACCAUAAAGCCAGAAAGGACUGCAAGAAAGUAAAAAACCCUGAAUGCUGUCUCGGUAAAAACUGUAAACCUGGGUAUUACUGUGCAAAAUAUAAAUGUCAGCCGUACUACCACACUCUAAGCAAGUUGGUAGCAAAAGCCUGAAUUUAAUUGCUACCAACCUAUAGUAAAGGCUGUUCUUACUGAAAUUGUGUUAAAAUUGUCACCAACAUUGACACAAUUUUCAUCUUUGGUUGCUACCGUAAAAAUAAGUAUGUUUGUAAAUAAACUAUGAGAAGUUUAAUAAAAUUCUGUAGCAAAUCGACCCCGUAUUGUAACAUUUCGAUUCAUUACCGGCCCUCGUAACGAUUUUUCACAAAACUAUUGUGUUACAUUCUCACCAUGUUGUGUCUGUCUCACACAAAGUAGUAACAGUCAAAGCGUGGUCACUCUCAUUGGAGAAAUACAAACGGAGCUUACUUAUGAAGCUAACGAUAGCAUCAACUCUCCGAUGAUUUAAGCUAUGAUCGUUAUUCUCAAUAAUUUCUAUUUUUUUUAAAUUAACUAAACGAAUUUCCCUUUUUGUAUUUGUACGUUGACAAGAUUUAGGAAUUAAGGUGAUGACAGUAUCAUUAACCAAUUUUUGUUUCACUUUACUUGCAACUGGUGUCAGCAACUCCACAGUAGAUUUUAUAGUGAAAGAGUUGAAAUAUUCAAUGAAUGAUAUUUUUAAUUUGAUUCUUAAAAUUGGCGACAGUGCAAUUCCAUCAAAUAAUUUCGAGUCAUUUCAAAUACAAAUAUUUAGCUUACUUCAAGCAUUUGAUAAGGUCAAAUCAGUUUAUCAAAGGCAAAAGCUUUUUAAAGAAAAUGAUCAUUUUGUUAUGCCGAAAGAGUUGACUUUAGGAAAUAGAGUUGAGCUUAGAAGUCACAAUACAAAACGACUGCAAGUAAUAGCUGAAGACACCUUUAUGUACGUCCCUUUGUUGAAAACUUUGGAAAAAAUUGUGUCAAUUCCUGAGUUUUCAAAAUAUUUUUAUUCUAUAAACAAUGAUUGAAGAAGUUAUUCAUGUUUUCAAAAUUCCAAAUCUUAUUUAACAAACGAGCUGUUUUCCAAAUUCCCCAAUUCUAUUCAACUGCAAUUAUUUUAUGUUCGAGACUGUUAAUCCUCUUGGAUCGAAGCGAGCAAUACAUAAAAUAGGGGCAAUUUAUUUUGUACUUCGUAAUCUGCCCGACUUUAUUAAUUUCCAGCUCAGUCAGAUUCACUUACUUGCUUUAUUCUAUUCUGAAGAUGCCCAAAAAUAUGGGAUAAAUUCUAUUUUAAAUUUAAUCAUUCCUGAUUUGAAACUUCUUGAAAGCCAAGGAAUCGAAAUAAAUGGUGCAAAUAGAUUGUUUGGACCUAUUUCCACUGUUGUUUUCGAUAAUUUGGGAGGAAAUGCAAUUUAUGGGUUCCAUGAGUCGUUCAAUUCUAAUUACUAUUGUAGAUUAUGCUGCACAAGUAAGGAUGAAGCCCAAAUUACAUAUAAGCAUUGCUAUAUGGUAUUAAGAAACAAGGUAAAUUAUGCCGAGCACCUUCAAGGCAAAAGUUUUGGCGUUCAGAGACCAUGCGCCUUAAAUUAUUUAAAGUUUUUUAAUUUUUUAGAUUCGCCAUCAUUGGAUAUAAUGCAUGAUUUGCUUGAAGGUGGUUCCAUACGAAAUAAAACUCGUAGUUCAAAAACUUAUAUUUUUAAAAUGUUUAGAUUUAGAAAAAUUAACCAAAGAAUUAUUUCAUACGAUUAUAGUUACUUAGAUUCGAAGAAUCGGCCUCUUAGACUAGACAAUAAUAGCAACAGAAUUGGCCAAAAAGCUGCACAAGCUUGGUGCCUCAUAAGGCAUCUUCCAAUCAUAAUUGGCGACUUAAUUGUAACAAGUGAUGCCAAGAAAUUUUGGGAAUUAAUUCUCUUGUUAUUAGAAAUUUUAAACAUUGUAUUUUGUAGAAACUUUUCUGAAGCAAUUCUUUUUAAAUUAGAUUCUCUUAUUAUUACACAUCAUUCAAAAUUUAAAGAAUUAUUUCCUGAAAAUCGGUUGAUUCCAAAGCACCAUUUUAUGUGUCACUACUCUUAUGUUAUUAGACAGACUGGUCCUUUGAUUUCCCUUUGGACAAUGAGGUUUGAAGGGAAGCACAAUUAUUUUGUGCAAUUGGCGAAUCACACAAAAAAUUUUAGGAAUAUUUCUUACACACUUUCCAUUCGCCAUCAGCAAUAUGCUGCAGUUAUGUCAAAAAAUAUUGUAUUAAACGAAUUAAAAGUUGAGAAUAUUUUGAGUAUUAAACUAUGCCAAUUUUCCAACCCAUUUGAUGCAAUUGAACUCUUGAGAAAAGUUAAUGGUUUUGAAAAAUGUGAUGAAGAAACAGAAAUUUGCACGACAAAUCAAAUUUGGUUCAAUAAUUACAAUUACAAACACAAUUAUAUUGUAUGUUUUGGUCACGACCCUGUGUUUCCAAAAUUUGGAGUUAUCGUUGAAUUUCUAAUUACAGAUGAAAAAACAUGCUAUUUGCUGCUUAAUAAAUUAGAAGUACAAUAUUUUGAUAGACAUUAUUUUAGUUAUAGAGGAAAAUUGAAACACGAUGGUAUGAGUUAUGUGAUGUAACGAAAUUAGAAAUCCAUGAACGCAUGGAAUUGAUG